UCAAAUUUCGAAUAGCUACUGAAGUGAACGCGUGUAAUAUUUUUCCGAAAGCAGCUGUGAAACGAAGAAAAAAUGAAUGUGUUGGGAUACAUGGUGACGCUGGCGAACCUGCAGAGUUUUCAAAGGCCGGGUCAAAACACCGACGUGUCGUUGCAAAUGGGCCCCCUCCAAUCCUUAGCCGAUGAGAUCCUGAGCCUGCCACAAUACCCUCCUGAAGAAUUCAAGAAAACUGGUUACUACCGCGUCGGUAACGUUGGCAAAUACUUAUCAACAAACCUCCAGGAUUUCUUGAUAAACAAAACUGGUAACCCAAACGAUGAAGGCCUCAUAUUAACGCUGUACUUCUCCGAUAUCGUAGGUCCCCAAAUUGCUAAUGAUAAAGUGCAGUAUUCAGCUAGUGAUAAGGUCCCUAAUGGUUUACAAAACAUUGCCAAUGCUUAUGCUGGUCCUGUACAAAACUGGCCACCUGCUUAUUAAGUCACGUGACUCACCGGUAAAAAUAUACCUAUUACCAAAAUUGCGAGAUUAUUAGUAGUUACAAUUCAUAUUUUGUUUCCUUUCGUUGCCAGACUUUCCCCGUUUCUCCUUACCUAUCAAACUAUUGACAGGUCCAAUUUUAUAAAACUGCUUAUUCUACCUCCCAUUCUGCGACAACAGACACUCCAGGCCCCAAUACUGACCCCGCCAGCGUGGUCGUCGAUUUCCCUCAUUCGGCGAUUAAUUCUUUCAAAUAUGAUCCCUUCAGAAGACGAGGUUCGCGCACAACUGCGCAUCCUCAGGCCUGUUGUCUUAAAUUUAGAAGCAGGUGACAGCCCUGAGCGCUCCCCAUUUGUCCGGCAAAAUAGUUAAUGACAUCUGCGGCAAAUGUACUAUAAGUCAGGUCAAAAAAAGACCUCACAUUCUGUAAUGAACACAUACUCGCUCCUCUAUCUAAACAUACAUAACACACCUUCGAGUACUUAGAUACUCUCGAAUUUUGCUCUUGAGUCUCCCGAUGCAUAAGAGGUGUCUCAUAGGGCAUUAGGUUUUCAACUUACCGUAGGAACUAACCGAAGGUGAAAUACUAUCACAGCUUUCAGCAUUCUUUAGUAGGUAUGCCUUUUCACAGUAGACAUUUUACGUCUAGCCCCCUUAUACCACGCAAUGAAUUAAUUAAUUAACAGCUUUGUAGGUAAACCUUGAAUUCACUUAGUCUCAAUUUAGAAGCAGAUAAUAAAUAGUUGAUUAAAAUUCAGUAUUGUUUUAUUUCUCUCUCUCUCACUAUUUAAGAGCUGCGCUCUUGUCGGUGGAGUAACCGCCAUUCCUCUCUUCUUCCCGCCAAAACCUUCACCUCCCGAUACGACACGACCUGCACCUUCUCUUUUAUUUGUUUCAUAAAUGUUAUCCUAGGUCUACCCCUUCCUCUCUUCCCUUCAACUUUUCCUUCUAUAAUGUUUGUUAUAAAUGAAUCGUGUCGUAUCAGGUGGCCAAUCAUAUUUCCUCUCCGGUUCUCUAUAGUCUUCAAUAUGGUUCUCUUUUCUUCAACUCUUUCCAGCACUUUUUCAUUUGACACCAUUUCAGUCCAGCUUAUACCCUCCAUCCUUCGCCAACACCACAUCUCAAACGCUUCCAAUCUCUCUCUGUCUCUCUGUGUCAUAGUCCACGUUUC